AUGCAGAAAGCAGAAGAAAAAGUCAGAAACCGUCACUCGACCAAACAACAAGGAAUCACGAAUAAGCAAGUCGGGAUUUAUCGAGUGACAAAAUCAAGAAAAUGGAUACUACUGUUGAUGGAAAAGCAAAUCAACAAGAAACAAUAUAGACAGCAACAGAAAGUAGAAUAUAAAGAUGCCUGUGAAGAUAAAAUUGCAAUUCAGACGAUGAGGAAAUUUAAAUUUCGUAUCAUUGAUAUCAUUAAAGGAUAUUCAGACAUUACAGGAUUCAGCCGUUAUAGGACCCGCCAUGGAUCUGUAAGAAUUGUAAAACUUGAUUUCUCAAUAAAAGAUCGAAGAAUGAGCAGUGAUUUGAUAAAACAAAAAGGUUCAAUCGGAAAAAUUUUGUCAUGUAUCGAUUCAAGUGUUGUGAUUGACUUAUUCUUAUUUCAUACGACUAUUAAAGCGCUAGCCCUGUGCGACAAUCGUUUCUUCUAUAUUUCGCAAACACUGUUCGUUCGUUAUACCCUUGAAGCUUUAAGGCUCAACUACAGAAAUCUAGAUGGAUCAUCUACCAUUGAGAGUACUUGCAAAACUGUGUAUUCCAGCUUACUGGGACAAAGAUCCAGUUCAAUGGAUAGUCUUUGUGACCGGGACAUAUUUAUCAUAAAAUUUCCAGAGACAGAUAUAGCUAUCAAUAUGCAUAUAUCAUUAUGUCAUCUCUUAAGGUAA